UUAUUAUUAUUUUUUCCUAAGUUUUACAAAUUCUAAAUUAAUAUAAGAAUUCAAAUGUUGUUAGUAUAUACAUUGCACUGAUUUAAAUGGCAACACUUAAAAUUCGUGGUUGUAUUGUGCUGGUAUGCUUGGAUGCUUUGUUUGCUUCUUAAAUGAUACAAGGAAUAUAUUUUAAUCCCCAUGAUAUAAAAAUGUAAAACCUACCAACAUCCUCUCCACUCUACUCUGGAAACUAAACUCUCUCUCUCUCUCUCUCUCUCUCUCUCUCACACACACACACACACACACACACACACACAUUGUGUGGCAUCUUGGUUUUGAGGUUCUUCUCUCUUCAACAUACACUCAGUUACUGUUUUGUCAACUUUCAGAGCAGUGGCUUGGGAAGUAGAGUAGAAGAUGGCUCCAGUAUCUUUAGUAGUGACAAUGGAGAACCCCAACAAGUUAUCCGUAGUAGAAAUCGAUGGCUCAGUUCCUUCGCCGUUCUCCGACAAGGAGAGAUCCAAGAACACAAAGCAGUGGAUAUGGCUGCUCCUACUCAAAGCUCAGAUGGCUCUCUCCUUCCUCUCCUGGUCACUUAAAUCAUCUUCUAAGUUUCUCGUAGCCGCGAAGAAACGCAUGUUCUUAUUCAACAACAGAUCGAAGGAGCCGCAGCGAAGCGGCAAACUGCUUAUCUUUCUAAGAACUUUUCUCACCCUUACUGUGCUCAUACUGCUACUGGAAAUCUAUGCACACAUGAAUGAAUGGAACUUACAUGUCAUACAACCUUCCGAAGUUAGCAAUUUCGCGCAUUGGACUUAUUUGAGUUGGCUCUCCUUUAGGGCGAACUACGUUGCUCCGUUUGUUAUGUAUCUCUCGAGAUUCUGCGUCAUUCUUUUUCUCAUUCAAUCGCUAGAUCGGUUUAUUCAGUGUUUUGGGUGUUUCUGGACCAAGUAUAAGAAGCUCGAGCCGAGAUUGUCCGAAGAAGAUGUGUUAGAUGGAGAGGAUUCUUCUUCCUACCCCAUGGUGCUAGUUCAGAUACCCAUGUGCAAUGAGAGGGAGGUGUAUGAGCAAUCCAUAGCUGCUGUUUGCAACUUAGAUUGGCCGAGGGACCGACUAUUAAUUCAGGUCUUAGACGAUUCUGAUGCGAAAAGUGUUCAAUUUCUUAUCAGAAACGAAGUCUCGAAAUGGAGCGAGAAAGGGGUGAACAUAAUCUACAGGCAUAGGUACUUCAGAACAGGGUAUAAAGCCGGAAACCUCAAUUCCGCUAUGGCUUGCGACUAUGUCAAGGACUACGAAUUCGUCGCCAUUUUCGAUGCUGAUUUCCAGCCAAACGCUGAUUUCCUUAAGCUCACUGUACCACAUUUCAAGGACAAGCCUGAUCUGGCUCUUGUACAAGCUAGAUGGUCUUUUGUGAACAAAGAUGAGAACUUGCUAACGCGGCUUCAGAACAUCAACCUCGCCUUUCACUUCGAGGUGGAGCAGCAGGUCAAUGGCGUCUUCCUCAGCUUCUUCGGGUUCAACGGGACGGCCGGAGUGUGGAGGAUCGAAGCCCUCGAGGACUCCGGCGGUUGGCUCGAGAGAACGACCGUCGAGGACAUGGACAUUGCGGUCCGUGCGCAUCUCAGAGGGUGGAAAUUCAUGUUCCUCAAUGAUGUCAAGGUACUCUGCGAACUUCCGGAGUCAUAUGAGGCCUACAAGAAGCAGCAACAUCGAUGGCAUUCCGGCCCCAUGCAGCUUUUCAGGCUGUGCCUUCCCAGCAUUGUAGCCUCUAAGGAGAUAUCAAGAUGGAAGAAGCUGAACCUGAUAUUCCUAUUCUUCCUCCUGAGGAAGCUGAUACUCCCCUUCUACUCAUUCACACUCUUCUGCAUCAUCCUCCCACUCACAAUGUUCAUCCCCGAAGCCAAGCUACCGAUAUGGGUCAUCUGCUACGUGCCCAUAUUCAUGUCCCUUCUCAACAUCCUCCCUGCGCCCAAGUCUUUUCCUUUCCUUGUCCCGUAUCUCUUAUUCGAGAACACGAUGUCCGUGACCAAGUUCAGUGCCAUGGUCUCCGGGCUCUUUCGCAUGAACAGCUCCUACGAAUGGGUCGUCACUAAAAAGACCGGCAGGUCGUCAAAUUCUGAUCUACUGAAAGUAGAAGCAGAAGCAGAAGCAGAAGCAGAGAAAUACGCUUCGGAGUAUGAUAUUGAGGUGGCCCGCGACGUAGCAGAAAAGAAUAAGAAUACAAAUAAGAGUAAGAAUAAGAAUAAGAAUAGAAAUAGAUUGUAUAGAAAAGAGUUGGCGCUCUCGUGUCUACUUCUUACCGCGGCGGCGAGGAGCUUGUUAUCAGCGCAGGGUGUUCAUUUCUACUUUUUGUUGUUUCAGGGGCUCACUUUUCUUGUAGUAGGUUUGGAUCUUAUUGGGGAGCAGAGUGGGUGAGUCACAAACAGAGUGAUUCUUCCUAAUAAUUCUUUCUUUUAAUAUAUACAUAAAUAGUUUUUACAUCAAUCAAUUCUUUUGGUGAUUAUAAUAAU